UGGUGCAUUGUAACUUUGUGUAUUGUUAUACCGCGCGGAAAAUCUGAAACACUGAAAAAAAGGUAGAAGAGAAACUAAAGUACAGCUUAGAGUGAAAAAAAGGAGCUUUUCGAACACAAAAAAGCACCUAAAAAUGCUUUCAAAGGGGUAGUUUGAAAUGCUAGCCUACGUCUCACUGAGCGGCACACCGGGAGACGGCUGAAAGGGCUAACAUUUCAGACUAGUUUCGAACUAGUUUUUAAACUGUUUGGUGAUCGAGAGGAGUGCCAUCUUGAGAAAAUCUAUUGCAUCAGUCCAAAGAGCCCAAGUGCGUCUACAAAGGUAACAUAGCCUAUCAUUACGUUUCCGGUAAUUCCCCGAAACUGUGAAUGCAUCAGAUUAAAACAUAACAUUUUUAAGAACUUACCAUAUUAUAAUUUCUACCUCCUCGACCGUGACUCGUGUGUGUUCAUGGGCAGGCAGUCUCAAAGGGCUGUUUUGAAGAAACCCUAUUUUUAUGGUUCCCUUAACAGUCCCGAAGCAGCAAAUGACAUGACAUCUUCCUUCUCAGUUGCGUUGUACUCAAAUGAGGGAGUGGUGAAUUGAAACAUUCAGCGACUGAUGGCUUCUCGUAUGCAAAGUAAGAAACAUUUAAAGCAACACACAUGUUAUUGGUUUUUAUUUUAACAUUCCCGCAAAGUUUCGUUGGCAAACUGUGUAGCACAAUCUUUUUCAUCUCGAAAACGCGUAACUUCUCCCGCAGUCGUACUGUACCACUACGGUAUAACAAUCUCUUUUAUUGAUUUCUUUAUACUGAUUCAUCGCCCUCACACGGGAAUCCCAUUUUCAAUUUCAUUACACUUCCGCUUCAGUAACUCUUGUAAUGGCGCUUUCGGAGACAAAUAAUUACGGUUUGUUUUCUCAUCAGUCCUAAUGUUUCGUCUGUUUUUACUCGGCUUGUAUUUCAUGGCUUUAUUACUUCUCUUCGGUAUUGUUGAUAUAACACAUUGCGUUGGAACAUUUUAGACUCGGCAACGAGUAACGUGUGCCCGUUUCUUCUUAACGUUAAUACGUUCUGUACUUGCACGGGGCUAUUUCACGCGCGAGUACGAACUACAGUGUUCUUGAUUCCACUCAGAAUUUAUGACGAUUUCCUCGAUAAACCGCGCUUCUACAUCGCCGUUUAUAAGAUUACAUACGCGAAUGUGAUAUAGCACCCAAACUCGCCAUUAAAUCGAACAGAAAACGGCCUUGCAAUUAAAAAACAGGUCUUAAAAACAUUCUGAACGGUUUAGUCAUUUGGAUUUCUGGGUUCUGAUAAUAUUGGAACGCUGCUCACCAUUUGUGGCUUGUUCUGUCACCUUAAAACCCUGAAGCUGGCUUUUGAUUUGAAACGAAAGGGAUUUAGACUUUUCAGUAGUCAAUAGACCUUUUUAUCGAUACGACGGCCAUAUUGAAUUAGUUCGAUUUAAGGAGUAUUAUAGGGUGCCCAGGGGGCAUGAGCACAUUUUGCUUGUAUUUUCGAGUGCUUUUCGGGACAUUUUUUCUUUACGUUUUCUUAGAAUAAGAUUGUAAUGGGAAAAAAGAUCCUUGUGCCGUGUUUGGAUGUAACAAUGAUCGCCUUUUUCUAGUUUAGUAUUAGAAAUAUGAAUAUGCUGAAUUUUGCUGAUGAUGCAUUGUUAUAUGGCACAAUUUGUUGUGAUGAAGACACAGCCGAUCUCCAAGAGGACUUGUAUAGAUUAGAAGAUUGGCAACAAAAGUGGAAGAUGGAAUUUAAUCCUUCAAAGUGCAAGAUCAUGUGUUUUACAACCAGGAGAGAUCCACCAAAGCGGGAAUAGGUAUUUUGUGGACAAAUCCUAGAAGAAGUGGAAUCUCACCCUUAUCUGGGGGUAGUGCUCGAUAACAAAAUGAGGUGGUCACCACACAUUGAAACAAUCACAUCUAGGGCAAAUAAGGUCUUGGGACUUAUCAAGCGAAAUCUGUGGAAUUGUCCAAAGUCAGUGAAAGAAACCGUGUAUAUGACACUUGUGAGGCCAAAACUCCAGUAUGCCUGUAGCGCAUGGGACCCACAUUACCAGAAAGAUAAAGCCGCUCUAGAAAGGGUACAGCGGAAAGCAGCCCGCUUUGUCACUGGAAAUUACGAUCGAACAACGAGCGUGACGGAAAUGCUGCAAGACCUACGUGGGACACACUUGAAACAAUGAGAAGACACGCAAGGCUCUCCACUAUAUACAAGAUGUGCCACGGCCUCCUAGAUGGGGACUGGGGGGAUUAUUUGAUAACAAGCAAAGAAAGGAGAACCCGGGGAAGCCAUGAUUUUAAAUUUAUUGUACCGAAAGGACAUAAAGAUAUUUUUAGAUUUUCUUUUUUUCCCAGGACAAUAACUGAAUGGAACAAACUUCCAGAAAAAAUUGUUUCCAGCCAAUCCCUCUGUAUUUUUAAAAGCAAACUAAUUUAGUUUUCUUUUUAUCAGUAGUUUUUUAAUAGUUUUUAAUAGUUUUUUAAUAGUUUUUAAUAGUUUUGUAUAUUCUAGUAUAGUUUUAUUUAUUAUUAUCUUAGAGUUGGCGUGAUGUCCCAAACGAUUUUGCCGACAUAACGAUAUUUAGAUUUAGAUUUAGAUUUAGAUAUGGUCUUUCACUGUAUAUUUCUCGGCAAAAAGGCGAUCAUUAUUACAUCCAAACAAGGCACAAGGAUCUUUUUUCCCAUUACAAUCUUAUUCUAGAAAACUUUACUAAAAAAUGUCCCAAAAAAGCACGAAAAUACAAACGAAAUGUGCUCAUGCCCCCUGGGCAUCCUAUAAUACUCCUUAAAUCAAAUUAAUUCAAUAUGGCCGCCCUCGGUAAAAAGGUCUAUUCAACGGAUAUGUUUUGCUGUGCGAAACGGAUUGCGUGUGUGUGUGUUUUUAAUUUCUUCCUCUCAAAUCCCGUGACAUGACGAUUACUAUAAUCUUUAUCAGGUGGCGUGAUGUCGAUCAAGCAAGGCGUGCCCGAAGAUCAUGAACUUCUCAGUCUUGCUGGGGAAAUCUUAGUGAUCUGGAAAAAACUUGGUUUGGUUUUGGGUUUGACAAAUUCGCAGUUAGAUGAAAUCGAAGCAGAUAAUUUGAAAGGAGUGGAUAGGAGUUAUGCUAUGCUAAGAAAAUGGAAGGAAUCACGUGGCUCUGAAGCCAGUUAUCAACGACUUGCUGAAGGACUUGAUCACAAAGCAGUCAGUAGGCGUGACUUAAUAGAGGCAUACUACCCAGACAAAGGUUAGUGUUGAGCAUGCGCAAGUAACACCUUGCGCCCUUUGCCACAUUCGCUCGAUCCGCCGCGCAGACCAAAAGACCCAAAAGGAUCGCAGCUCUGGAAAAGAGAAUGCAGUUGCCAUGGCUCUAUGUACGUGUCCGCCAUGUUGAGAGUACUCAGGAAUGCACUUUUUGAAGCCUUGGAAAAGUAACUGCAUGAGACUGAGUCGGAAGAGCACCAUGGGACUGUUUUGAGACAGGAAUUUGGAUCCAGUUUUCCCGCACAACCUCGUAAAAGCCUGUAAAAAUGGCGAAAAGUCCCAAAACAGUCCCAUGCUGCAAUUCGGCACAACACCGACCCAGUCUCACGCACAACUUCCAAAUGACCGAGCUCUUCAAGGCUUCCAUAACUAAACUCGUCCCCAGUCGUCACUCGGGCGGUUAACCCCAAACCGGGCUGGCCACAGCAGGCCAAAUGUCGCCGGGGGGGGGGGGAUUCCACUUUUAAUCAGGACUAUCCAGCCAGAUUAGUUUAUUUCUAAAUGGUACACGCGGCAGUGAUGAGUUUUAGUAAAAAUUUCGAGAAAACACUGAUAUUGCAUUUUCAAUAUGACAGGUCUUGCGCGGCUGGCCAGUCGUAACUUUUGGAAAACGCCCGAAGAUGAGAAACAGCUAAGAAUUGAAAUAAGCGACUUGACUUGACUAGUUGAGUUUUCCAGAUAUUAAACUAAAUUGAAAGACGAGUUUGAAACCCAUGCCCAUUUAUCCCACAGGAGAGGCUGAGUUGCAACGAAAAAUGUCUGGACUGAGAGUUUCUUGUAAAGAUGAAACUGACGGUGUCUUAAAAGGUAAGCCCUAGCUUGUUCACUUAUUAGAAUGUAACGAUCAUCUGAAUAACAAAGUACUUUUUAAUGCCUGGCCUUGGUGAAAUCUGGGGUUAGUCGAGUCCUUUGAUAAUAAGUCGCUUUGGGUUUUUGGUAGAUGUAGGCGGCUCGCGCGUAAACUUUAGAACGUUUCUCUAUUUGAGUACAUCUUUAAGUUUGCUUCUUAUUUGAAAAAACGGAAGUGACAAGCUUAAGAACCAAUAGGAUCCAAUAGAGCUUGCAAACUAACCAAAAAGUUGUAGCCAAAUUGUACUGUCGUGUUCGAUUGACCAGAAGGCGAGCCACAGUACAUGCACAGCUGCAAACAAGAACAAACUUGAACAAAGAACAUUGGAACUAGGUUCACCCAAGAAAGCUUGCCCCAUACUCUCUUGAUUCCAUUCUGAAUAGCGGACUGUAACAUUUUAGAAAAAGUAAUGAUAAAAAUGCCUUUAUUUUCUUCAAACUAAAUCUUAGGGAUUAUAAGCACUUUAUACCAUCAGCAAGGAUUGGCUUCAGGCAUGGUUAAAACCCGGGAUACGAUUGAGCAGUAACAACAACAACAACUUCUACUUCUACUUCUACUAUAUUACUUCGCAAAGCCUGUACAGCAACACGCGAAGGAUCCGUAUAUCGACUGACUGUCAGGUCCAGUUCAAAGGUCGAACUUUUCAUGUACCAAACCUAAUCCUUUUAAUUAAGUACACACAUGAAAAGAUCAACCUUUGAAUAAAUAAGUCUGACAUAUAUCCAAUGUGUAUCGAUUCAUGGAUUUAAUUUGAGUGGCCCACAGGGGAAUUUCGAAUGCAGAGCGACUUGGUUUUAAUCGUCGAACUUUUUCGAUAUUUUAACUUAACUGGUAAGCUAACUAUUGCCCGGUGUACAUCGUGAAAAUGAAUUGAGUCCGUCUAAUUAAGUUAAACUUGUGAAUCAACCGUCGAAACUAGUAUCAGUUUGGGUCGACUUAAAUAGGUCUUUGGUUCGGCACAUGAAAAGUUCGACGUUUGAACUUGGCCUGAUCACUCUUUGAAAUUAAAGAUUUUUUAUAAGAUAUUUUGUUUUCUUUCUUUUAAAAAAUAGGCCCGCCUUCCGUCGAGAUAUUACCUGGUAAGCCGUUUCAUGCGACUCAAAGACGAGGGGGCGAAAUAAGAAAGAUUCAGCAAGCCUUUAGUCACUUGCGACGGGAUGCCGCGGAAAGUUCGCUAGUAAGAGCAGUGUAUGUGAAAGGCCCUCCAGGGUGUGGUAAGACACAACUGGCAAGACAGUUUGGUAAAGAGUACAUGAAGGUGAGCGCAGGUUGCGGUGGGCAGUCACCAAGGAGAAUUGUCGCCACGUUGGAUGCGCGGACGCCAGAGUCGCUUUUGGAAUCGUAUAAGGAACUACACCAAAAAUUGGAAAUGUCAAAGGAGAGCGAAGAAAGAGCAAGUCUGAAUGAACUAAUCAAGACUUACUCGAAUGAGAUUAAAAACCAUCUUCGUAAAAGCUCUACUGUCUGGCUGUUAAUCAUUGAUAAUCUGACAGUCAAUGAUCCUCUCAGAGAAUUCUUGCCAACGCCUGAAGAAAACAGCCCGUGGGGAGAGGGGUUAGUAUUGGUAACAACACAGGAUAGCAAACUGGUACCAGGAUCCCACGCAUACGCCAAAGUUGUGGAUUUAGGUAAAGGAAUGGAGAAGAGGGACGCAAAGAAAUUGUUAAGCGCCAUUUCUGGGAUGGAGGCAGAUGAGGACGCCAUAGAAGUCGCUCAGUUUCUGGGCUUUUACCCUCUGUCUCUUGCUUGUGCAGCAGUCUAUGUAAAGCAGAUGCGAGAAGAUCGGCCGUUCUCUAAGCUUCACUGGAAAACCUACCUAGCCAAUAUUAAAAACAACUUCGCGUACCUUGAUCAUUCCGACUUUACACGUCAUAAUUCAUGUUAUCCGCAAUCGAUGCUUUCAGCAGCCGUGUUUGCCGCCCGACGGAUGGCGGAAAAUAACGAAGUGCUCCGAGCUGCCUUCGUUUUUCUGUCUUAUUGCGCUCUUCAACCCGUACCGUUGGACACCGUUACCGAGUACGUCUUGUACGAGACUGCUGCUUCCGGCGACAAAACCAUUAGGGUCCCAGACGACGUUAAGAUUGAAAUAGCUCGAUGCUCUCUGCUGAUCUAUCCUGAGACGGGUGAAAGAGGAAUUGAAGUAGUUACCCUCCAUCAAGUCAUGCGAUUGGCAUUUGUACAAAUCAGGCGAAAACCGGACGAGCAGACGAAAGAGAUGGAAGAAACCGCCGAAGUGGAAAAGCGCCAUCGGAAUGGGGUGCUUGAAGUAUUAAAUAAGGCGUACAAGAUUAGAAAGGGGGAUGUCUCCAAGGAGGCUAUAGCCACAAGAAUAAUUCUGUGCCCGCAUUUAAGGGAGUUUGUAGAAAAGGCGGAGAACAGCCAAUUCCAAUUUGUUGAAGUGAAUUUACUUGUACAAGCCUUAGUCUACCUUGCUGAUGGCCUGGUCCAUGUUGCCGGGGCGACGGACAAUAAUCGCGUUGCUUUACUUGAACGUGCUUACAAGAUAAAUAAACAGCUAUCUACGACUGAUAUGAGCGCAUGCGAAUUCCUGUGUGAUUUAGGAUAUGCUUAUUGCGAAGCGGGGCAACUAGACAGAGCUAUUCCAGUGUUAGAAGAGGCUAAUCAUCUCUGCAGAGCACAUACGGAAACAGAAUGGAUGAAAAUGAGAUCGAGGGUUUUUAAUAACCUUGGGUUCACAUACCGUGAAAGCUUCCAGCUAGACCUCGCAAAAGAGUACAUGAAAAUGUGUGCUGAAGUGACCAGAAAGGCCUAUGGCGAGAAGCACGUGCAAGUGGUGGAGAGACUUUGUAAUCUUGGGAUAAUCUUGCACGAUCGCUGGGAAAAUGACGAGGCGAUAGAAGUGCUGGAAGAAGCCCAGAGGAUUAUUGAAGCUUGCGAUACCUCAAGAACGGAGCUGUUCUUCCGCGCGCAAGUUUUGAAUUAUACAGCUAAGGUUCAUCUUCGCUGGUAUCUCGGGCUGCGGUAUACGCAUCCUAACGCUUGGAGCACCAAAAAGCACCUUGAAGAAUCGAACGCUCUCCACGAAGAAGCCGUAAAGAUUUACGAAGAACUUCAUGGAGUUCACAAGUUCACAGCGGGAACUAUGAUGACCUACGGAACAGCGAAACUGCACUUAGGACAAGUUGAGCAGGCAUACGAAAUGUGUCAUAACGCCGUCCAGGUCUAUCGAAGCUCAGGUCACAUUGCGUUUCCGCGCGCGGGUACAUGGCUCGCCGACGUUUUCCUCGUUAGAAAGGAGUAUGCACGCGCGAAAAGUUUCUUGGAAGAGCUCGUGAAAGUUCACGAGGACUUACACCUGGUUGUUAGUCCUGGUGCAUAUCAUCCUAAGGCGCUGCUAGCGGAAGCUUGCGUGCAUCUUGGAAAUGUUCGAUAUGGAAAAGAAAUGUUGACACAAUGCCUUCGAGAGUGGGAAGAAAAAGGUAUGCACCCUCAACAUUAUUGGGUUGCUCGUGCGCGCGCUUUCCUGAGAUUGCAUGAGGAACAACACACCGAUGAUGCUGUGCCAGAGUUGUAA